AGGUAGACAGUUGAGGAAAGUUUUGCGCCCGACCGAGGGCUAGCAAGCGGGUAGAAGAUCCUUUGCAUUUGCAAAGUGCUUAUUGGGAGGCGGAGGGAGGUCGGCGCGUUGGUUCGGCGCCAGAAAAGAGCGGGAAGGGACCCGGCUAAGCCCACCGAGAACUGGUGGCGUUUACGCGUAAAAGGGAAUCCGGGGCAAAAAGCAUUCCUCCCGCAGCGUGAGGCAGCAGGCGUCGGUUUUAGGAGAGGUGCGUAAAGCCCCCUCAGAGGUGCGCAUUCGCGGGCGGAGUCGGGAACCCAAUUAAACUGUGAUUGAGCCGGGCAGGAAAAAGGAAAGGCAAGCGGAGGUGAGGAGAAGGUGGAGACGCCCCGGGGCAGUCGCUCCUCUCCAAGGCGCGCGUGCGCGUGGUCCUCUCAUUUUUCUCCUCCCCUCGCCCGGGGAAAGUUUGUGUCUUUGGAGCCGGUUUUCCUCCUCAUGGUGAGAGGGGGGCAAGUCGACGUUGUCCCCGUGUCCCUCAUCCGGUUGGAGGCUGGCGAUAGUGGCCGCGUAGCGCGCGCGCCCCCCGGGGAACAGCCAGGUGCACUUCUGCCUCACAGAGGGGCUGAGUCGUCCGCUGGACUGCGGUCAGGACCGACCCCGAGAGAGCAAAGAGAGAGAGAAGUGGAGGAGGAGGAAGAUGAAGGGACCUGACCGGAGUGGCCUCGCUGCUGAGCUUCAGCAUGAUCUCUGGAAACUGGCUUUUAUAUAUAUUGAUACUACCACAUGGGCUGAUUUCUACCUUGGAUUCUUGACUGCAUUCCAGCUUGUGUUAGAAGCAGUAAUGGCAGCAGAAUGCAUCAAGAACUGUUGCAGUGCAUGUUUGUAUGUUGAGAAAGAAAAGAAUGAUGCCUCUCUGGAGAAGGAGUCUGAAGUUACAGCCAAAUAUAGAUCAAAUGUUGUAGAGAAGCCUCCCUUGUCUUCUGUGUUGGUGAAACCUCAGGUUGGCUGUUCGGAAGAUUAUCUUCUCUCCAAGCUCCCGCCAGGUGGCAAGGAUGUGCCCUUUGUGGUUCCUCAGUUCAAGCUUGCCUACAUUCAGCCCAGGAACCUUGGCAAUCCACACAUUGGAGGAAUUCAAGGUUCCACUAUAGCACAUUUUGGUGACCGGAAAGCAGAUGUUUCCAAUGCAUACCAGCAAAGACCUCUUGUUGAUGUGGUGUAUAAUCCAUUCUACAUGUACCAGCAGCCUCUCUCUCCAGAUUCGACUCAGGACUGCCCAGAAAAAUCUAACAAAAGAAAACUAUAUGGGUCAGUUUGUGACUUAAGGAGCUGCACAUUGCCAGCCUCGUCUUCUCUAAGUCACUCUAUGUUUGACCUUACAAGUCCACCCCACCGAUUUAUGCAGAGAUACGAUUCAGUCUCCAGUGUUCCAAGCAGCACUUCAUCCAGGAAGGACUCACAUGGUAGUAACAGGAGUCUAGAUACCAUUACGUUAUCAAGUGAUGAGCGAGAAUUUGGCAGGCUCAAUGUGAAGGUGUGCUAUGUUCCUCACGUUGAACAGAUCUGGAUCACAGUCUUGAAAUGCAAAGAUCUGAGCUGGUCAUCUAGCCUUGGAGAAAACCCCCACAUUUCCGUCAAAGGAACUAUUACACUGCCCAAGCCAGUGCAAUUCAGAUGCUCACCAAAGCAAGCUUCCAGUGACAUUGAAUUCAUGGAAACGUUUGUGUUUGCCAUCAAACUGCAACUUCUGCAGACUGCGAGGCUUGUCUUCAAAGUACAAGCUCAGAUUCCUAGGAAGAAAACUAUCGGGGAAUGUGUUUUGCCGCUGCGAGAGCUUAGCUCACAAGAAACAGACAACUGGUUGGCGGUAGCACCUCCUUCCAAAGCUUCAGUGUCCCCUGCAGAAAUGAAAAUAGGCACCUGUUUUCAAGCAGUAAACAGUCGGAUCCAGUUGCAAAUUUUUGAAGCCCAGAACCUCCCAAGCUCGACCACACCACUGUCUUCAAAUUAUUUUGUAAAGGCUGCUAUGCUUAGCACUGAAGGGCUGGUUGAUAAGAAAAAGACCCGGCCACUGAAAUCCACAAAUGGUCGAGUGAAGUGGGGAGAAACUAUGAUUUUUCCAGUGAGCCACAAUGAACAUGGGAUAAACUUUCUCGUCAGACUAUACAGCAGGAGCUCAGUGAGAAGAAAACACUUUCUGGGACAGGUCUGGCUAAGCUGUGACAGCAACAGUCCUGAAGCUUCUGCUCAGUGGAGAGACACGAUUGCCAAUCCAGAGAAGGUUGUUGUUAAGUGGCAUAACGUCAAUCCAGCAUGACGCUGGUGUGGGCAGUACUUUCGGAAUUCAUUGGGACUUGAGCCAAGAGGCUUCUGCACUUACUUAAAAUAAACAAUCAUCCACUAAGACAGAAGGAAAAUAAAUACCUGCAUUGACUGGUGUGUUUAAGGCCACCUCUGGAGAGGAAAGCAAGAGAAGGAGCUGUAGUGCUGGGAAAAAAGACACAAAGUGAAGAAGCUUCACAAUAUCCAUGGAAUACAAAGGUCAUAUUGCGAAGUCAAGGGCCCAACUUCUGAUCCUUUUGAUAAGGAUUAAAAGAACUUUCGUAUAUUUAUGCUUAUGUUAGCUUUUCUUCUAACUUAAAGAUCUCACUCAAAAAUGACUUUGAAGGACUUUCCUUCAGGAAGACAUUUUCUCCAUUGAAAACCCUGCCUCAGUUACUGUUUUCUUUCUAAAACUGUUAUGAGGGCACCACUUAAUAAUAAUUAUUGCAGACAUCUCUCAACAGUCAUCCCUUUGUGUUCAGCAAGAGAUCUAAGACAGACAUCAGGGGGCAGAUUAGUAUUUUACUGUUCAGAAUCUUGGAAUAAACUUUUUAAAAUAAUUCUGAAGAAUGCUUGCUUGUCAUGAGCAUUGGGCUUUAACGUGAGGGAGGGCUGGGCAUUUCAAAACAACUCUUGAUGCACGCAGAGAGGUUUUCAGUGCUUCUUCAAAGUGCCAGGUCAUAGUACUUGCUCCUAUUUGGGGGCCUAAGACUCACUGUUGUGAGCCAAGAGAUGGAGUAACAGCAAAUGAAAGCCUUUGCUCCUGGGAAGAAUGAAAGUAUUAUAACCUAGGAGGAAGAUUGUGCAUUUAAUAAAUGCUGCAUUGUGGUGCUGCAUUGUGAAAUGGUGAAAUGUUUACUGACAAAAAUGCUCUUCAAGUGUUCAACCCUUUAAAGUGCUAUCAUGUAAUUUUAACAGGCAGACGUAAAUAGUUAAUUGUAAUAUAGAUACAAUAAGUUGAAUAUGGAGACACGAUGGCUAGGAUGGAAAACCUUUAGGUCUCUAGAUGUUGCCCCACCCAGCAUGGCCAAUGAAUAUUGGAGCUGUUGCUCACCAACAUCUGGAAGGUCAACCAUCCCUGAUGUGUGAACAUGCUUAACUGGGUCAGUAGCUAAGGUUUCCAGUUGUAAAUCUUGUACCAUCUAACUUCUUAGAGCACUAUUUUAAUUCUUGGCUGAGGCCCAAAAAUAUUCAUCAUAGGAAAAAGAGUGGGAUGUGUGCUAUCCCUUAAUGA